AUGGAAGCGUCGCACGAAGACGAAGACGCUGAUGGUUCGGAAGAAGACCUACACGCCGUACUGAGUGGCUCCAUUGCACCCCGGAAAAUCCCCGUGAACGUCUACGUCGCUUCCUCAGAUUUCGACCCCGCGCACCAUCCGCUCUUCGACUCAUCCGUUCCCACCUUCUCUGCCUGCCGUCUGAAAAUAAUCAUGACUUCCUCUGGAAAGCCACCCAUAUCCGAUGUCGUGGAGAUCACAGUGAAGUACGAGCCAGAAAAGGAAAAGGUUGUGGUGGUGAAGGUCGUCGGAGCUAUGGGGAGUGAGUUGAGCCCGGAUGCCAUGGAGGAGAUUUACCGGAGGGGAGGGAUAUUCGGCUUGCCUGGUAGGUUGUGGAAUGGAAUGCAUGCUGCUCAGUGA